AUGACUGAUUUCGAGACAGUUGAUGUCUCACAAGUAUCGUUCCCACCAGAGAUUCUAGCAAAAAUAUCCCCAGAGUUAUCUUUGCAAAGACAUUUGAGUUUAGGAUUAAGACCUAGUUUACGUGCAUUUGAAGAAUUUAGAGAUGUUACUAUCUCAGAAGAUAAAAUCUCCCAUUUUUCUGGUUUUGAAGGAGUGUCUGAGAGUAAUGAUAUUUUAGGUUUUAACGUUUUAAAAAGUGGUAAAACCAUAGUUACUACUACUAUUACCGGUGGAAUUGUUGAAAACAUGGUACCAAUUGAAUCAGACGAUAUUGGAGAACAAGAAUUAUUGGAAUUGACAAAAGCUAGAGAUGAACUAAAUCAAUACGUUGCCGUCUUUCCCAAUGUGACAAUUGAAAAAGGUAGAAAAAAUAUACCUCCAACACAAGAAGAGAUUACUUUAUCUCAAAGAUUGCACGACAAUGUUCUUCAUUCUGGAAUCAUACCAAAAAAAUCACUAAAAGUAAAAUGUGGUUUACGUUCUAUAGAUUCAGAGGGUAAUAUCAAUAUUGUAUACCCUGAUGAACUAGAUGACAACGAUAUUGUAAAAGAUACUUUUAAACAAAUUUCAGAUAAAAGAUCAUGGUCAUAUGUUUUAUAUGCAAAGAUAGUGGUAUUUGGUAGAACAGGGCCAUUGCUUCCAUUGUGUUGGAACUCAUUGAUUUGUGCUUUAAAAAGUACAAGAUUACCAAGAGUAUUUUUAGAUGAACGUGCUGCGAGGUUAAAGAUGACUGUAAGAACAAGAGGUAAAAGUUUGACUGUAAAAGAAGCACAUGACCUAAUUUGUGAUCCUAAUAACUCACUGCCAUUGGAAAUGCAUUCUUAUGGUGUGGGUUUUGCCUCAAAUUUUGGUAUAAUAGAUAUAGAUCCAGAAGCACAAAUAGGUGAUGAAGAUGAUGAUGACCAAGAGAUGGUUACAAAACAACCAAUUUCAGUUCUUUUAGCUGAUAUAGAUACAGAGGCUGAAGAAGAAAACGUACGAUCAGUUAUAACAGUAAUUAGUGAUUCAGAAGGUAAUUUAAAGAAUCUAAAUUUAGUUGGAGGUGGAUCAAAAUUAACUCUUGAUAUGAUUAAAAAAUCGAUAAAAUCCUCUAAAAGCAGAUCUAAGGAUUUAAGCUCAAAAUUUGGCAUGAAUAAGUAA